UUUCUCUGUCUCUCUCUCUCUCCCCUCGCAGUGGGAUCACUGCUGCACGAGCCACCUCUGCCAUGGCUCCGCCGCCGCCGGCGACGAGAUACUAAGGACGCUUCUCGAGCCAGUCACGGUCGAUCCGGGCUAGGAUUUGUCCGGGAGGGGAAGGAAGAUCAGAGAUUGAACUAAUUGAAGAGACGGCGGAGAAGAUGGCUUCGGAAAUGGUGAAGGCGGCCACCAGCGAGAAGCUCAAGGAGAUGGACUGGGCCAAGAACAUCGAAAUCUGCGAGCUCGUCGCGCAGGAUCCAGGGAAAGCGAAGGAUGUGAUCAAAUCUAUAAAGAAGUGUGUAGGAAGCAGGAGCAAGAAUGCUCAACUUUAUGCUGUCAUGCUAUUGGAGAUGCUCAUGAAUAACUGUGGAGAGCCUAUCCACAAGCAAGUCAUUGACAAUGGGCUUCUCCCGAUACUUGUCAAAAUAGUGAAGAAAAAGUCUUCAUUGCAGACAGAAUUGCCAGUUCGGGAAAAGGUAUUUCUUUUGUUAGAUGCGACCCAAACAUCCCUUGGUGGAGCUAAAGGAAAGUUCCCCCAGUACUAUGGGGCAUAUUAUGAAUUAGUGUCUGCAGGCGUGACGUUUUCAAAUCGUCCAAAUGUUAUCGUUACAGAAGUACAACAUCCGGUGCCAGAAGCAAUAAUCGAACCAAAUAAGGACAACCUAUCUAGCAGAUUGAAUGACAGACAUAAUGAAGCUCAAACACCGCCGGUUUCUGACACGAGUAUAAUUCAGAAAGCAUCUAGUGUCAUGGAAGUUUUAAGGGAUGUGCUUAAUUCCAUGGAUCCUAGACAUCCUGAGGGAGCAACAGAUGAGUUUGUGUUAGAUCUUGUGGAGCAAUGUACAUUUCAAAAGCAACGGAUAAUGCAUCUGGUCAUGACGUCAAGGGAUGAAUUGGUGGUAUCGCAAUGCAUAGAGCUGAAUGAAGAGUUGCAGAAGGUUCUUGUACGGCACGAUGCAUUGCUUUCAGCUCACCCAACUACGGCGACGGUUCCAUCUAACCUCGAGGAAGAACACGAGGAGGAAGACGCUGAAAGUCUUUAUCGGAGAUUACGGAAGGGGAAGGCCUUAUCUCAAGACUACCUAGAUGAGUCCAUUCCACCGUUUCGAUCCAUACCUGAGGAAAAGCUGCGCCGCCCUCUCACCAUCCAACCAGUACCUCACCCCGACAAGAAGCCCACCGCGCUGAGCAUCCGCUCGCCAGACCACCCAGAGGCAAAGCCCGACCCUUCUGCCGUCUUGAUCCCGCCUCCGCCCGCCAAGCAUGCCGAGAGGGAGAGGUUCUUCCGCGAGAAGAGCAUGGAUGGCCUGCCAGGCCACCUCAGGGGCCCGUCGUCGAACAGCAGCAGCACGUGCAGCGGCAGCACGGAUUACGGCGACUUAGGGGAGCGGUAGCGGUAUGGUAUAUACAGUUAAUUUUGGUUCUUCAGGAUGAUCUUCUGCUUGCUCGGCUAUACAGUUAUCAGAUUGGAGAGGGGGAGGGUGCCGCCUCCUCGCAUUCCCUAGUUUCUACUACUGACCACCUUUGUACACAGACUUGUUUGGCUUGAUAGUAGUUCUUUUCCAGUUUCUUCAGCUGACUGACAUUGUUGUAGACAAUUGGUCGGUUCUGUGCUGUCAGUUACUGAGUUAUCAGCUUUAUAGAUAGAUAAGAUACAUGUGUCGUGUGGGUAACGAGAUUGUGAUCCAGCAGCA